GAAGCCUCCGUCACUGCUCUGCUUCCAACCAGACCCCAAGAAACACACCUAGGGACACUAAAAAACCCCAUCCCCAGCCUCCCUCCGUCACUGCUAGCAGUCUGUUUUGCUCGUGUACCUCUGCUCUUCAGUGACCAGCCCAAGAAAGACAUCUAGACACAACAAAAAAACCUCCAUCCCCAGCCGGACACUUCUCUCCGGUCCCCAACCAUUCUCCAAUUUUCCCGCUAGUGCAGGGGACUCCAAUAUUGAACAUAUCCUUCGAGUUUUCUCAAUUUCUUUCCUUUUUUUUUUAUUGGGUUUAUUACAAGUAAGGUGAAAAAAUGUCGAUGAGGAAUCUGUUAAACGUCGAUUUAAAGGACUUCGAAAUCCCGGCAAAACACCCGUCCGAGGAAGCUCAGAAAAACUGGAGAAAUCUCGUCACUCUGGUCAGAAACAAACGACGCCGGUUUAGAUACGGUCCCAACUUCGAGAAACGCACUGAAGCCAAAGAACGAAUAGAAAAGCUCAGAGAAAAGAUACGGGUUGGUUUUGUGGCUUAUAGGGCAGCACUCAUAUUUAUUGACGCUGCUGAACAUGCAAAAGACAAGUUACCUCCAAAGAGAGAGGAAGACACCGUUGAUGAAAAUCUAGAAGCAGAACUCCAAAAGAACCUAUCAGAAGACGCUAGAGUUGCAGGAUUUCAAAUUCACCCUGAUGUACUUGCAACCAUUGUUGGUGCAUUUGAGAUCAAGACCUUGAGAAAACUAAAAGGAGUUGAAGGACUUGCAAUAAGAUUAAAUGUGUCUUUGAGUGAAGGCGUGAAAUCAAAUGACAUUCCUCUCAGACAAAAGGUAUAUGGGUCCAACACUUACACUGAGAAACCUUCGAAAAGCUUUUGGAUGUUCGUGUGGGAGGCUUUGCAUGACUUAACACUUGUCAUCCUUAUGGUUUGUGCUGUGGUCUCCAUAGGUGUUGGACUUGCGACCGAGGGGUGGCCAAAAGGCAUGUAUGAUGGUCUAGGAAUUAUACUUAGUAUCCUUUUAGUUGUUAUUGUCACGGCUAUGAGUGACUACAAGCAAUCUUUGCAGUUCAAAGAUUUGGACAGAGAAAAGAAAAAGAUAUUUAUUCAGGUAACUAGAGAUGGAUCUAGGCAGAAAGUUUCCAUUUAUGACUUGGUUGUUGGUGAUGUUGCUCAUUUAUCCAUUGGAGACCAAGUUCCAGCUGAUGGAGUUUUCGUGUCAGGAUAUAGCUUGUUGAUUGAUCAGUCAAGCUUGUCUGGUGAGAGUGUACCUAUAAACGUACAUGAAAAAAGACCUUUUCUUUUGGCGGGAACCAAAGUACAAGAUGGGUCAGGAAAGAUGCUUGUGUGUACUGUUGGCAUGAGAACUGAGUGGGGUAAGUUGAUGGAAACUUUGAAUGAAAGUGGAGAAGAUGAGACCCCAUUACAGGUGAAGUUGAAUGGUGUUGCCACAAUUAUAGGUAAAAUAGGACUCGGAUUUGCUGUGGUAACUUUUUUGGUGUUGCUAGUCAGAUUUCUGGUGGAGAAAGGAAUUCACCACGAAUUCACGAAAUGGUACUCUAGUGAUGCCCUGACACUUUUAAAUUAUUUCGCAACAGCAGUAACUAUUAUUGUUGUUGCAGUUCCAGAAGGGCUACCCCUAGCUGUAACGUUGAGUCUUGCAUUUGCAAUGAAGAAGUUGAUGGAUGACAAGGCGCUAGUGAGACAUCUUUCUGCAUGUGAAACAAUGGGUUCUGCUACUUGCAUUUGCACAGAUAAAACUGGCACGUUAACAACAAACCAUAUGGUUGUUAAUAAGUUGUGGACAUUUGGUAAAGAUAAAGAGAUACAAACAAAUGGACAGAUAGCUGCUAUCAACUCACGGAUAUCUGGGCAUGCAUUAACUAUUCUUUUGCAGGCAAUAUUUUAUAAUACAAGUGCUGAAGUAGUAACCGAUAAAAAUAAAAAGAAAUCUAUCUUGGGUACGCCCACGGAGUCAGCAAUAUUAGAAUAUGGAGUGCGCUUGGGUGGUGAUUUUGAUGAUCAACGGCGAGAUUCCAAGUUCUUGAAAGUUGAACCUUUCAAUUCAGAAAAGAAAAAGAUGUCUGUGUUGGUGGCCCUUCCAGGUGGCAACACACGAGCAUUUUGUAAAGGUGCAUCUGAAAUAGUACUAAAAAUGUGUGACAAGAUUAUUGAUGGCAAUGGUGAACCAAUUGAUUUGACCGAAGAGAUAGCAGGCGCUGUUAUGGAUGUCAUCAAUGGAUUUGCCUGUGAAGCUUUGCGUACGCUUUCUUUGGCUUUCAAGGACAUCAGCAAUGGUUAUAUUGAAAACGGCAUUCCUGAUAGUGGCUAUACAUUAAUUGCAAUAGUUGGAAUUAAGGAUCCUGUUCGCCCAGGGGUUGAGGAUGCAGUAAAAACAUGCUUAAAAGCAGGAAUUAUGGUGCGAAUGGUUACUGGUGAUAAUAUCAACACUGCUAAAGCCAUAGCUAAAGAGUGUGGCAUACUUACUGAUGACGGGAUUGCUAUUGAGGGUCCAGAAUUCCGCCGCAAAUCUCCUGCUGAGAUGAGGCAAAUAAUUCCUAAUAUUCAGGUUAUGGCUCGAUCAUCUCCAACAGACAAACAUGUGCUAGUAAAGAAUUUGAGAGGCAUGUUUAGAGAGGUUGUGGCAGUUACUGGUGACGGGACUAAUGAUGCUCCUGCUCUGCAUGAGGCAGACAUUGGACUUGCUAUGGGUAUAGCUGGAACAGAGGUUGCAAAGGAAAGUGCUGAUGUGAUUGUGAUGGAUGACAAUUUUGCAACAAUUGUGAAUGUAGCUAAAUGGGGACGCGCUGUCUAUAUUAACAUUCAAAAAUUUGUGCAGUUUCAAUUAACUGUUAAUGUUGUUGCUCUAAUGAUCAACUUUCUUUCUGCUUGCGUCUCAGGGUCUGCUCCUCUUACUGCUGUGCAAUUGCUCUGGGUCAACCUGAUAAUGGAUACUUUAGGGGCACUGGCGCUGGCAACAGAACCACCCCAUGAAGGACUAAUGAACAGACCACCCGUGGGAAGGGAUGUCGGUUUCAUUACCAAGACCAUGUGGAGGAAUAUUGCUGGGCAGAGUAUUUAUCAGUUGGCUGUCCUGCUCUCAUUCAAUUUUGUGGGGAAGCAAAUCUUAGGACUCGAAGGUUCAGAUGCUACAAGAAUUCUUAAUACUUUUAUCUUCAACACCUUUGUGUUCUGCCAGGUCUUCAAUGAAAUAAACAGCCGAGAUAUGGAGAAGAUCAACGUUUUCCAAGGAAUGUUUGGUAGUUGGAUAUUUCUUGGUAUAAUUGUCGCCACGGUUGUAUUCCAAGUGAUUAUAGUUGAAUUCCUGGGCACCUUUGCAAGCACAAUUCCACUAAGCUGGCAGCUAUGGUUACUAAGCAUUUUAAUCGGGGCAGUGAGUUUGCCGAUUGCAGUUGUUCUAAAGUUCAUCCCUGUUGAAGGAGAAACUAAGCACCAUGAUGGCUAUGACCGAAUCCCAGGUGGUCCAGACCAGGCGUAGAGGAGAGAAGAAACCCCUGCUUUUGCAUCAGAGAGCCCGAUGGAGAAAAAAGAUGAUUCACUUGUUCCACAAUAACCACCACUGCAAUUUACUGGAUUACCAAGUUUUGCAAGUUUUAUUUUUCAAUAAAGAACAGUUCAUUGCAUAGGUUGAAGGUGGCGACUACAGGAACAGAAGAUGCAACAUUCUAACCUCCUUUCCCCACUUCGAGCUCUUAGAGAGCUGGUUUCUCGAAGGAAAUGGUAAACUUCACCCCUUUUCCCUUUUACAGAUCCAAUUGUUGUCAGCAGUUACAGCUAGAAAAAUUUUUAUUUACGACACUCAGUAUCACUUGAUAUUAAUCUUGAAUGUUAGCCACCUGAUCCUCCUAUAAGAUGGCACUCAGAGGAGAUCGAAAGAUAGAAACUAGGUGCAAAGAAGGGGCUGAAAUCGUUUUGCUUAUUACAUGGUUUUUGUGGGUGGUGUUUGGUGGGGGGGAGGGAUGGUGGAGGAUGUUCAAAUUUUUGCUCCUAUUUCAUGAAUGUGCAAAAGCUGGUUCCGCUAUUAAGCUAAAGGCCUUUACUUCCUUCAGCUAGAGAGGCCAAAAUGUUACUCCAUUAGCCAUCCUUCUCGAUCGGUUUUCGACCUUGUCUAUAUGGUUUUGGUAGCUUGGCUCUGAUUAAUCAUAGCAAAGCUGAGUUCCCAGUUGAGGGACGAUUAUACUAAUGUGUGAAAUUUUCCUCGUUUCUGCUGUAUUGCCAAAAGUUAAAAGUAGUGAAACCUUCAUUUUGUUGCUUGGAUUUCAGACUCUUUCAUGUUAAUGAUUCGAAAGUUUUAAACA